AUGUUUUUCCCCCAGGGACUGAGAAGCCCAUUUGGGUCCCGGAGCGCUGCACUAGACCAGUGGAUGAAAAUUCAAGACAAAAUUAAGCUCCCAAGAUGGCUGAUCUUGCCGCUGAUGCUCCCACCCCUUCAAGUGAACGCCAAGACACACCUCAUGAGCUGGACCCCGCUUAUGACAUUCCUUCUGGACAGGUUUUUUGAGGGAGGACUUGACCCCCCACCUGGGAAUAUUCAUGAGUAUCUUUUUGGAGCCCCUUGUGAGUGCAAGGGAGGGCCACGACACUCGGCCCCCUCUGGUUUUACCCAAAGCAUUGACUGUGGGGCUAAAGUGGCCUAUAUGGCGGCUGAAUUCAAUCAAAACAUUGGAGGAUUUAAUCAGCCAAAAUGGGUAUGUGUUAAUAAGCCAAAACUUGUUGUCCCUAGUUCGACUGAGACUCUUGGAAACUGUUCCACCACUUGUCAUUAUACUUCGGUGGUGCAUAUCGCCUGUUAUGAAUCAGCCUCCAAUUGUAUUAAUAAUCAAGGAAAACGGUAUUUUGAGGCCACCCUGACUAAAACCCAUGGAGAAGGGGGGGUCACUUAUCAUUUUACUCCUUUUCUCGGUGACCGGGGAGGAGAAGGCAUUGAAACUAAAUUAUGGGAGGCGGGAUGUGAGGGCGCCAUAGGCAAACCUUCCUGUUGGCCCAUGCAGGCCCCUGUCGGAGUCUCUGAUGGAGGAGGACCCACUAAUGCUAUUAAACAUCUUCAGGUGAUUAAGCUUUUAAAGCCAGAGAUCCCUAAGCUUACAUAUCAUCCCUUGGAAUUGCCAAAAUCCCAGCUUCCUGAUUUGGAUGCCAAUACAUUAGAUAUCCUAGAAACUACCUUUUCUUUGCUUAACAGUUCUAAUCCUACCCUUGCUGGUGAUUGCUGGCUCUGCAUGACGACGGGGGGGGGCAGUUAUGCCAGUGGCGGUCUCCAUUAA